UCUUCUAUGUAACGCCCAAUCCACAAAGUUCCAAAACGAAAUGUCUGAACAAUUGCCAUGAGACUUCUUAACCAACGACAUGGAUGUGGGCAUAAAUACACAGCGAAUUAUUUGUUUCAUGUGCCACUCAACUCAUAAUCAUCACCAUGGCAAACACAACAACCGUUGAUGAUUCCUUCGCCAACCAAGUCCAACUUAUCGAUGGUGAAGGAGUUUUCAACGUCACUGGUCUUGAUAAUUUAAUUAAAACUUCAGAUAUGGCCAAUACUGGUCUUGAUUAUGUCGUUGUUAGUAUUAUGGGACCUCAAUCUAGCGGGAAGAGUUCUUUGUUGAAUAAUAUUUUCUGCACUAAAUUCGAGGAGAUGAAUGCUCUUACUUGUAGAUCUCAAACCACCAAGGGUAUUUGGAUAGCUAAGACUGGAAUUAAACCGUGCACAUUUGCUCUGGAUAUAGAGGGUACUGAUGGAAGGGAGAGGGGUGAGGAUGAUACCGCUUUUGAGAAGCAGAGUGCACUUUUUGCUUUGGCACUAUCAAAUAUUGUUCUGAUAAACUUGUGGUGUCAUGAUGUUGGUCGUGAACAAGCAGCCAGUAAACCUCUUUUAAGAACUGUUUUUCAGGUCAUGCUGCGUUUAUUUAGUCCCCGGAAGAUAACUUUGAUUUUUGUGCUACGUGAUAAAACAAAGACUCCGCUGAAGAUUUUGGAGCCUAUUCUAAGAGAAGAUAUUCAAAAGAUUUGGGAUGCAAUUCCAAAACCUCAAGCUCAUGCACACACCCCUCUUCAUGAUUUUUUCAAUGUGGAAGUCACUGCUUUGUCAAGCUAUGAGACCCAAGAGGAGGAGUUCAAAGAGGAGGUUUCUGAGUUACGGGAACAUUUAUACCAUUCUAUAGCAUCUCGUCUCGCUGGUGAUCGGCGCGGUGCUGUCCCCGCAUCUGCUUUUUCUAUUAGUGCACACCAUAUAUGGGAAGUCAUACGAGACAACAAGGAUCUUGAUCUCCCAGCUCAUAAGGUAAUGGUUGCAACUGUGCGUUGUGAAGCUAUUGCAAAAGAAAAGCUUGAUCACCUACGUUCUGAUAAGGGUUUGCUGGAGUUGAAGAAAGCUGCUCAAUCGGGUUCAGCACAAGGCUUUGGAGAAAAAUUGAGCUCCAUUAUUUCUACCUAUCGUUCUCGUUAUGACGAGGAGACGGAGUUCUUUGAUGAAGCUGUGAGAAAUGCAAAAGGGAAGCAAUUUGAAUCAGAUGCAUUGAAUAUAGUGUACCCUGUUUAUACAAAAAUGAUAGAACAUCUAUGCUCUAAAGCUUUAGACGAUUUUAACACCGAGCUGAUUCGAUCACUAAACAGUGGAGAAAGGUUUGAUUCAUCUGUUCGCACGUGGACUCGAUGUAUUAUGGUUGAGUUUGAAAAAGUAUUUGCUGACGUUGCUGUAAGACAGGCAAAUUGGGAUGCUUCGAAAGUGCGAGAUAAGCUUCGUUGUGAUAUCAAUUCACAUGCUUUAUUUGUGCGCAAUGCAAAAUUACCGGAGAUAACAACUAGUUUUGAGAAACAAUUGGCCAAGGCAUUGGCUACACCUGUGCAGUCCCUCUUUGAAAAAGGAGGAAAUGACACCUGGCUUUCAAUAAGAAAUCUUCUUAAAUGUGAAACUGAAGUUGCUGUAUCAGAAUUUGUAGCUCGUGUUGCUGGUUUUGAUCUCGAAAAAGAAACUGUUGAAAAAAUGCAACAAGACUUGAGAGAAUACGCUAGAGAAUUGGUGGUGAAUAAAGCACGAGAAGAAGCUGGAAAGGUUCUGAUUCGUAUGAAAGACAGGUUCUCUACAGUGUUUGAUUAUGACAAUGAUUCCCAGCUUAGGGUUUGGACAUGGGAUAAAGAUAUCAAAGCUAUUAAAAAAGAUGCUUACUCUGCGUCUUUGAAGCUUCUAUCCGAUAUGGUUGCUAUACGCUUGGAUGAGAAGCCAGAUCAAAGAGAAAGAGUACUUGAUUUAAAAUCUUUCCUGUAUACAGAUAGAGAUCUUUAUCUUUAUCUACUGGAUUCAAUUACAUGGAAGGUUUCUCCUGGAGAUAUACUUAUCUCUCCAGGGCAGUGCAAGUCAUUGUGGAGACAAUUACAAGAUGAAACUGUGGAUACAAUUAGACAAGCUAUUGCAGCUAAGAAGGAGGACAAAAAACAAAUGGCAGCUACUGCUCUACAAGUAGCCACAGCGGGUGUAUAUCUAGGGCUCGCCACGAUGGGUGUAUAUCUAGGUUGAGGCUAGAGAACGGAUCAACAUAGGUGUUUCCAUCUGUUCACUUCACUAGUUAUUUGUUAGGAAGUUGACCCUCUUAUUUUAAGCUCUUAGCUUUGUUUUGUCUUUCUAUUCCUGUUUUUGUUUAACUUGAGGGUUUUGGU